UUAUUUUCCUGUCAGUUUGACACUUAGAUGUCAGAUCGAAAAGUUAAAAAGUGAAAAAUUUGUUUUUAUGCUAAGGAAAUACGUAUCGUUUUCCUCAAAUAGCUGGGGACAUCCGUUGAUUUUAGUAAAUAGAGCUAGAUGGUUUAUGUAAUGUUACCUCGAACUUAUCGUACUGAGGCAGAAAUACGUAAACAGCAAAUCAAUACAUUGAAAAUCUUCAAUGCAAAUGUUACAGAAUUGACUGAAGGAAUAGAAUAUCAAGUUGAUUUUCAUGCAGGUGAAAAUGAUUUCAAGUUAAUAGUAUCUCUAGGAAACGAUUUUCCUAAUGAGAAACCUCUCUUGAAAAUCAUACCAAAUGUAGUGCAUCCAUGGGUCAACCAAGAAGGAGAUAUCAUCACAGCACCAGGUUUACUGAAUUUCACAUUACAUUCUGAUUUGGGUAGAGUAGUUCAAGCAGUGAUAAGGGAAUUUGAAAGAAACCCUCCUCCUUUAACUAGUGAGCAUGGGAGCAAUACUGUAACUUCAGCUUCAUCGAUUGUAAAGGAAGCUGAAAUAUCUAGUCCAAGUUACUUAAUGAAUUUUCCAACUUCAUCAAGUUUUUCUCCUCCUAGUCAAAUGGUAGUCAACAGUUCAAUCUCAUUGCAAAACAAUUAUUUUCCUGAACUGAAUAAAUUAACCAUCAAAGAAUUGAAAUCAUUGAAUGAAAGUGUUGAUAAGCAAGAAGAUUUUAUUCUAGAGUUGCCUCAGCUCAAAGAACAAAAUAGAAUGAUAGAUGAACUUAUUUUGCAAGUUGAAGAAUUAGCAGAAUCCAAUUUGUCAAAACAAGAACAAUUAGAAAAAUUAAGGAAAGGAAUUGAAUACAGAAUAGAAGAAGCAACAGAACAAACAUUCAAAACAGAGAAACUACACAAUGAUUACACAAAUUUAUGUGAAAAAUUCUCCCCAAAAAAUAUUCAGGAACAACUUCGAUUAGCAUCUAGAAAAGCAGAUGAAAACAGCGAAAAAUUGGCAGAGCAAUUUUUGAAUGGCCAAAUGGAUGUAGAUAGAUUUUUAACCUCUUAUAUAAGAAAUAGAACAAUUUACCAAACGAGGAGAACUAAAGAAGAAAAAUUAUCUCAACAAAUUGAUAGCUUGGAGAAAGCAGGUUUUUAAAUUUUUCAUUUGGAUAUAUGCCUUUGUGGUUAGGGUUCCUCGUAUUCAUAUUGAACACAGUAUGAAUUAUUUUUUAUCCUGUUUUGUAUUUGGUUGAAUUCAUACUAGUGUAUUCAUGCUUAUAGAAGCAUUAUAUCAACAUUAAAUGAGUUUUGUUUUAG